AUGCCCAUUUGCCCAUCAGCCCUUUUGAAGGGUAGUUCGACCGAGUAUUUGAAGUCAAGACAGGGCUGCAAAACCUGCAAAAUCAGAAAAGUCAAGUGCGGAGAAGAAAAGCCAUACUGCACCCGAUGCACUAGCACAGGUCGUAAGUGUGAAUACGAGGGCACAAUCUCUAUGGUCGAUAACCCUUUUUCAUUAUCACAAAACAUCGUCUGGCGAGAACGCCGGUCUUUUGCGUACUAUAUUCAGCAGACCGCACCAUCUGUUGGUGGUGGGCUAGAUGUCACUUUCUGGAGCACCAUUAUCCCGCAACUUUGUCGGAAUGAACCUGCCAUGUGGGAUGCUAUUAUUACCAUUGGUGCACUAUUUGAAAGCCCCGAGCCAUGUCCAGAUCGUAUUUCCAUUCGCCGAGGUAAUUCUCGCACAUUCAAUCAAGAUCACCGAGACGCGUUAUUUUGGUACUCGCGCUCGGUGUCUGCCAUUCGUCAGCAGAUUGAGCGAGGUCGCCUGGACAUGCUUGUCGGGCUGAUCAGCUGUUUACUGUUUAUCUGCAUUGAGUCCAUUCAAGGGGGAGUAGAAGAGGCUUCUCAGCUUUAUGGUCAGGGGGUGCAUCUUAUCCUCGCUUUCCGUGCUCAAAUAGCUGCCAAAAUCGUGCCAUCAGCCAACGCCUCCCUGUUAGAGGAUGUCAUCGUUCCAAUCUUCCUUCGUCUAGGAUCAAUCGCUGUCCCUCUUUCGGCACUUCAAGUCGGGUCUUUACUAGGAGAAAUCAAGCAUACGCUGGCGCCAGAAUUUAAUUCUCUCAAGUCUGCUCGAGACGGCAUUGUUCUCAUAGCUGCAGAGAUCCAUGGCUUUGAAGGCGAAUGCAUUGAGUAUUUACGAGAACCUGAUACCUCCGACAAGCUCCUAACCUUGACACGGCAACAAUCAACCCUAUCAGCCAGAUUAAAGACUUGGCACUCUGCUUUUGUCAACCUAGUUGACUCGCUGCGCAGAAGACGAGACUUGUCACCACAACAGAUUGGCAUUGGCGCCCUGCUCUUCGCUUCUCACGAGGCGCUGUUAAUAAUACUGCGUAUCUGCUUGUCAUCAACAGAAACCGAUGCAGACGCAUAUAUACCCAACUUUCAAAAUAUAGUGGAACAGUCCGAAAUUGCUCUUGAUGCUACAGCACGACCAGACGGAACACAACCACCAUACACAGUUGAACUCAGCGUCGGUUUCCCGCUCUGGUUCACCUGUCUCAGAUGCCGCGAACCUAGAAUCAGGCGCACGGCACUCGCCUUAUUACGCCGAGCUCCUCGGGUGCUGGGGUUCUACAAGACCCGAUCCGUGUUCACUUUCGGCGAGCAGGUCAUGGCGUUAGAAGAAAGAUACGGGAUGGCAAUGAAUUCAAUUCAAGCGAGAGCCAGUUCUGCAGUACUGAAAUCACCCCACCCACCUAGUAGAUAUCAACAGGGGAGUCAAGGCACGGGUAGCGAGGUUUCAAAAUUCGACCUCAGCACUCUUGUCACCGCCCCGGACGAUGCGAAUAUUGCAAGCAUAUAUUCCAUGCCUGCAGGCUUCGAAAACUCAAUAUCGACAUCAAUGCUCAUCCCGGAAGAGGCACGUAUAGGACCCAUCAAGAUUUUUCGACCAAAAGAUGGGCUUCCUCAGGGAACGACAGAAAAAGAUAUUGCGAAGUGGAAACCAAGCCAUGAUCAACUCUUUUUGCGACUCACAUGGAACGAACGUGAUUUGUUUACCGACACUUGGCGGAGAGUCCACAAAUACAUCCCUACCACUCUUUAA